GAAGAAAGAGAGAGAGAGAGAGAGGGAGAGGGAGAGAGAGAAAGGGCUUGUAGACCUGAUAAAGUUUUCGAGUUUGCUUGCAACAGGGAUUCUGAAUGGACUGGAUCUGGACUUAAAGGCAGCUGUGCUUUUUCCUUUUUCUGAGCAACGACAACUUUUGGGAAAGUUCUCCCUAAACCUGGAUCUUGAGAGAAGUGGAGAAGAGCAAAAGAAAAAGAAAAAUCGCGACACACUGCUUGCCUCCUUUUUCCUCAACCCUUUUAGUUUUUCCUUCUCUAAAUAAAAAGAGCAAACGCAGCCCCGUUCUGCUGCUCCGUCCAGCUUUUUUUAAUUUUUGGAGAGGUUUGGGGGCGCCGGAAAAGAAGGCAGCCUUUGGCUCGCCAGCGGUGAUGGGGGCGACGGUGGCCCAGUCUCCCCGCGCGGGUCCGGGGCUUCGCAGCGACGGGUUGGAGCGGCUGCGCGCGGAGUAAAGGCGGAGAGGCGAGAUCGUGGGGCUUUUAUUUUAUUUUUUUUACGGAGAGGUGCUCCUCUCCUUCUCCUCCUCUCCCCGCUGCGGGGAAAAAGAAGGCUGCGGGCGCCGCCGGGCUUCAUCCCGCACACACGCCUGCUGCAAAGGAAGAGCGGAUCGCUUACGCGGAGCCUUUUCAUACCAGGAGAACCAGCAGCAAUCGGGAGUAAGAAGGUACUUAUUAUCAAGGCUUAAGGUGCUCCUUUCAGCCCAUGCUUGUGUAGAGGAGCUCAGAUGGGAGUAAAGUCCACAUGGAGGUAUGGAAGAGAAUCAGGGACUGGCAUUGAGAAGAUGGUCAGCUGGAAUUCAUGUUGCCUUAUCUGCCUGGUGGUGAUCACCAUGGCUGGAUUUUCGUUGGCUCGGCCAUCAUACAAUUUAGUUGGUGAAGACACCACUUUGGAACCUGAAGAGCCACCAACCAAAUAUCAAAUCUCUCAGCCUGAUGUAUACUCUAUACUUCCGGGAGACUCUUUGAUGUUGCACUGUCAACUGAAAGAUGCAAUCAAGAUCACUUGGACUAAAGAUGGGGUCCAUUUGAUGCCCAGCAAUCGAACAAUCAUGACUGGGGAAUACUUGCGGAUUAAAGAUAGUUCGCCCAAAGAUUCAGGCCUUUAUGCUUGCACUGCUGUUAGGGCUGUAGACAGUGAGACCCUCUACUUCAUUAUAAAUAUUACAGAUGUUCUUUCAUCUGGAGAUGAUGAAGAUGACAACGAUGGCUCUGAGGAUUUUGUGAAUGACAACAACCAAAUCAAAGGACCUAAAUGGACACAAACUGAUAAAAUGGAAAAGCGGUUACAUGCAGUUCCAGCAGCUAACACUGUCAAGUUCCGUUGUCCAGCUACAGGAAACCCCCUACCAACCAUGAGGUGGCUAAAAAAUGGCAAAGAAUUUAAGCAAGAGCAUCGCAUUGGUGGAUACAAGGUCCGAAAUCAGCAUUGGAGUCUCAUAAUGGAGAGCGUAGUCCCAUCAGACAAAGGAAAUUAUACCUGUAUUGUGGAGAAUAUUCAUGGAUCCAUCAACCACACGUACCACCUUGAUGUUGUUGAGCGAUCGCCUCACAGGCCUAUCCUACAAGCUGGCCUACCAGCAAAUACUUCUGCAGUUGUUGGGGGUGAUGCAGAAUUUGUCUGCAAAGUCUACAGUGAUGCUCAGCCUCAUAUCCAGUGGAUAAAACACACAGAAAAGAAUGGAAGUAAAUAUGGGCCUGAUGGAUUGCCGUACCUGAAAGUUUUAAAGCAUUCGGGGAUAAAUAGUUCCAAUGCUGAAGUGCUGAAACUGUACAAUGUGACAGAGGCGGAUGCUGGAGAAUAUAUUUGUAAGGUCUCCAAUUAUAUAGGGGAGGCCAACCAGUCUGCCUGGCUUACGGUUCUGCUAAAAAAAGGCCCUGUAGAAGACAAACCGUUUCCAACAUCGCCAGACUACCUGGAGAUAGCCAUUUACUGUGUAGGGGUCUUCCUGAUUGUCUGCAUGGUGGUGACAGUCAUUCUGUGCCACAUGAGAUCUUCCACCAAGAAGCCGGACUUCAGUAGCCAGCCGGCCGUGCACAAGCUGACUAAGCGCAUUCCUCUGCGCAGACAGGUAACAGUGUCUGCAGACUCUAGCUCCUCCAUGAACUCCAACACACCUUUGGUGAGAAUAACCACUCGUCUCUCCUCCAAUGCUGAUGCUCCAAUGUUGGCAGGAGUCUCAGAGUAUGAACUACCAGAAGAUCCAAAAUGGGAGUUCCCAAGAGAUAAGUUGACGCUAGGGAAGCCCCUUGGGGAAGGAUGCUUUGGUCAAGUUGUUAUGGCGGAAGCGGUGGGAAUCGACAAAGACAGGCCGAAAGAAGCCGUUACUGUUGCAGUGAAAAUGCUGAAAGAUGAUGCUACAGAAAAAGACCUCUCUGACCUAGUGUCCGAGAUGGAGAUGAUGAAAAUGAUUGGGAAGCACAAAAAUAUCAUCAAUCUUCUUGGGGCCUGCACUCAGGACGGACCACUCUACGUGCUGGUUGAAUAUGCUUCGAAAGGGAAUUUGCGGGAGUACCUGCGAGCACGGCGGCCACCAGGGAUGGAAUAUUCAUUUGAUAUUAACCGGGUUCCUGAAGAGCAGAUGACAUUCAAAGAUUUAGUCUCAUGUACAUACCAGUUGGCAAGAGGCAUGGAAUACUUAGCAUCACAAAAAUGCAUCCAUCGAGAUUUAGCAGCAAGGAACGUUUUGGUAACUGAAAACAACGUCAUGAAAAUAGCUGACUUCGGGUUGGCCAGAGACAUCAACAAUAUAGAUUAUUAUAAAAAGACUACUAAUGGUCGGCUGCCUGUGAAGUGGAUGGCACCAGAAGCCCUAUUUGACAGGGUUUACACACAUCAAAGUGAUGUAUGGUCAUUUGGUGUGCUAAUGUGGGAGAUCUUCACUUUAGGAGGGUCACCGUAUCCAGGAAUUCCAGUGGAAGAGCUCUUCAAGUUGCUGAAAGAAGGACACAGAAUGGACAAACCUGCCAAUUGCACCAGUGAACUCUACAUGAUGAUGAGAGAUUGCUGGCAUGCUGUGCCUUCCCAGAGACCUACUUUUAAGCAGCUUGUGGAGGACUUGGAUCGGAUCCUCACUCUCACAACUAAUGAGGAGUACCUAGAUCUUAGUGGACCACUGGAACAGUAUUCACCUAGCUACCAAGACACGAGGAGUUCCUGUUCUUCAGGUGAUGACUCUGUUUUUUCUGCCGAUCCGAUGCCUUAUGAACCUUGCCUCCCUAAGUACCAGCACAUAAACGGCAGUGUCAAAACAUGAAAAGAACCCUUAUUUUAUUCCUCAAAGGAGUAAGAAAACAAGAAUGUCUACCUACCAUGUGAAAAAAAAGAGCCUUUCUUCAGACACACAGGAUUUUUGUUUGUACAUAUGAAUUGUAGGGACCAAAACAAAAGCAAAAAAUUGGCAAAAGGUGUUAUGAUCACACCAGG